UUCAAUGACAGUGUUAAUAGAGAUUUAGCGCAAGAAGAACGCAGUGACGAACUAUAAUAAUUAAAAAUAUAUGUAAACUAAUAUUAUACAAUACAAGUAAACUUCGUAUAGGUAACAGUAUAUUAUAAGAUGAAGGAUAUGCUAAGAUACAUCCUAGUACUGUUAUUUACUGUAGAAAUCAAUUCAUCUUCGUUUUGCUAUUGGAACUCCGGAUGUCCAUACAAAUGUUUUUCAAGUAAAACGCCCUACGACUCUGUAAGAGGUGACAUCAGAGACUCAACUAUCAAGAUAAAAGGCUGUGAACCAAUAAGUAUUUGGGGGUUAAUCAGACACGGGAAAAGGCAACCUGGAAGUGACUUUGCAAAACUGAUGAAGGAUACUCUAAAGAUACGAGACGAUGUGGUUGCCAGUUAUGAUGAUGGACGAAGUUCCCUUUGCGCUCAAGACGUGGAGAACCUUAAGGAUUGGCCGGUAGAUAAUAAGUUAUUCAAUGAACCACAUCAGCUAACAGCAGAAGGAUUGGACGACAUGAGAAAUCUCGGGAGAAGGCUACAACAAGCGUUCUUGAAACUACUUGGAAAGUUAGAGAAAAAUAGUUAUCUGAUUCAAUCAUCCACUCUUGGAGCCUGGGUAACAGAUAGCGCGAAAGCAUUUAUCCAGGGAUUUGAUGACAAAAACAUGUCAUACGAAAGGCCUAAAAUAGAUUUUAGUGUUGCAGCUCCUUUCGCGACGUGUGAAGCUUAUCUGUCUGAUGUGAAAAAUAAUUCUGAUACAUAUAAAGAAGUGAAAAAGUACUAUUCCAAUCCUGAGUAUUUAGCAACAAAAGACAGAAUUCAAAGGAGAAGUGGCUUAAGCUAUGCGCUGACACAGUCAAAUAUCACUGCGUUAUACGAUCUCUGCCGAUACACCUCGUCCGGGUAUGAUAAUCAAUUGAGUCCCUGGUGUGCGCUGUUUACCACCGAAGAUCUGGGCAUAGUAGAAUAUAUUGGAGACCUGAUACAUUAUAUGAGAAACAGUUACGGAACACCAAUGGCAGAAAAAUUCGGCCAAAUGCCUUUGCAAGAUUUACUACAGAACUUUAAACUAGCAAAAGAAGGAAAAGGCAAGAAAUUAGUCACAUACAUCACUCAUUCAACGAUGUUAGAUAUGGUGUACACUACUCUAGGUUUGUUCAAAGAUGAAUCGCCUCUAGAUGGGUCCCAUAGAGACACGAAUCGCAAGUUUAGGAGUUGUAAAAUGUCGACGUUUUCUGCAAACUUCAUCGCUGUACUGAGCAGAUGUUUGAAAAAUAAUAUGGAUGAAUAUAAUGUAGUGUUCUACAUGAAUGAAGAACCUAUGAGGUCCAUCUGCAAAGAAGGAAUAUGUUCUUGGAAGGAAUUUGAAGAAAAGCUCACCUUUGAGAACGUCAAUCUUGACUUUUGCAGAUAGCAAAUCGACAGACAGCUAAUAAGUAUAAAAAUUAGAAGCUCAAAUGUAGGCGGCAGCUUUUAUCAGUUUCCCAUACUAUUUGCGUAAACAAACAUAUUGUUUGAAGGAAGAUAUAGGCAGUUUUGAUCCUCAUUGCAUCGAUCAUAUAUAUUUGA